UCGUCCCUGGUGUCGUCCCUGGUGUCCUUGUGGCGGCCGGGCCCCGCGCUGAGCCCGUGAGGGGGGCGGCGGGGGCCCCCGCGGACAUGUUCGGCCGGCCGCGGAGCUGGGUGGGCGCCGGCCACGGGAGGGCCGCCCGGAGCAUCCACUCCCUGGACCACCUCAAGUACAUGUAUCAUGUUUUAACCAAAAACACCACCGUAACAGAUCACAACCGUAACUUAUUGGUGGAGACUAUUCGUUCUAUCACAGAGAUCCUUAUUUGGGGAGACCAGAAUGACAGCUCUGUGUUCGACUUUUUCCUGGAGAAGAAUAUGUUUGUCUUCUUCCUGAACAUCCUGCGUCAGAAAUCCGGUCGUUAUGUCUGUGUUCAGCUACUGCAGACCUUGAACAUCCUCUUUGAGAAUAUCAGUCACGAGACCUCACUGUAUUAUUUGCUGUCUAAUAACUAUGUAAAUUCUAUAAUUGUCCACAAAUUUGACUUUUCCGAUGAGGAGAUUAUGGCCUAUUAUAUAUCAUUCCUGAAAACACUGUCACUAAAACUCAACAAUCACACUGUCCAUUUCUUUUACAAUGAGCAUACUAAUGACUUUGCCCUGUACACGGAAGCUAUUAAGUUUUUUAAUCACCCAGAAAGCAUGGUUAGAAUUGCAGUAAGAACUAUAACCUUAAACGUCUAUAAAGUGUCAUUGGAUAACCAGCCUAUGCUUCACUACAUCCGAGAUAAAACCGCCGUCCCUUACUUCUCCAAUUUGGUCUGGUUUAUCGGGAGCCACGUGAUAGAACUUGAUGACUGCGUGCAGACAGACGAAGAACACAGAAAUAGGGGAAAGCUGAGUGAUCUGGUAGCAGAGCAUCUUGACCACCUGCAUUACCUCAAUGACAUCCUUAUCAUUAAUUGUGAAUUUUUAAAUGAUGUCCUCACGGACCACUUGCUCAAUAGGCUCUUCCUCCCCCUCUAUGUGUAUUCUUUAGUCAACCAAGACAAGGGUGGAGAACGUCCAAAAAUAAGUCUCCAGGUUUCUCUCUACCUUCUGUCCCAGGUUUUUCUAAUUAUACACUAUGCGCCCCUGGUAAACUCACUGGCUGAGGUCAUUCUGAAUGGGGAUCUCUCAGUGUUUUCAUCCAAGAUUGAACAGGAUGUUCAGAAGAGUUCUACAAAGUCAAGCAUUAGAUGUUUCAUUAAACCGACUGAGACUCUGGAGAGAUCUCUUGAGAUAAAUAAGCAGAAGGGGAAGAAAAGGGUGCAGAAGAGACCCAAUUACAAAAAUGUUGGUGAGGAAGAGGAAGAGGAGAAAGCACCUGAAGAAACGCAAGAAGACUCUGAGAAAUCUAAAGGUACAGAGGGUAGUACAAAAGGCAUCAAGACAAGUGGGGAGAGUGAAGAAAUAGAGAUGGUAAUCAUGGAGCACUGCAGACUGUCUGAAUUGGCCAUCUCUGCAGUGACAGAGCAGAACACGACGGACGAAGAAAAGAGUGCGGCUGCCUCAGGGAGCGAGACCUCGCAGUGGAGCAGGCCUUUCCUAGAUAUGGUCUAUAAUGCAGUGGACAGUCCUGAAGAUGACUAUUAUGCUCUCUUUGUGCUGUGUCUUCUAUAUGCCAUGUCUCAUAAUAAAGGAAUACACCCCGGGCGGUUAGAAAGAAUUCAGCUUCCCGUGCAGCAAGUGGAGGAAAAGACUUCCUACAAUCACUUACUUGCGGAAAGGCUCAUCAGAAUCAUGAACUACGCUGCUCAGCCAGAUGGAAAAAUCAGAUUGGCGACUUUGGAGCUUGGCUGCUUGUUACUCAAGCAGUUGGUACUGACAAAUAAUGGCAGUAUUAUUAAGGAUGUCCAUCUUGCCUGCCUUGAGGGCGCAAGAGAAGAAAGUGUUCACCUUCUGAGGCGAUUUUAUAAGGGAGAAGAAAUUUUUCUGGACAUGUUUGAAGAUGAAUACAGGAGCAUGACAAUUAAGCCCAUGAAUGUAGAGUACUUGAUGAUGGAUGCCUCAAUCUUGCUUCCUCCUACUGGCACACCACUGACUGGUAUUGAUUUUGUGAAGCGUUUGCCAUGUGGAGAUGUUGAAAGAACUCGCAGAGCCAUCCGUGUUUUCUUUAUGCUUCGCUCAUUGUCACUCCAUCUGCGGGAUGAACCGGAAACUCAGUUACCUCUGACAAGAGAAGAGGAUCUAAUCAAAACAGAUGAUGUUCUGGAUUUGAAUAACAGCGAUUUAAUUGCUUGCACAGUGAUGACAAAAGAUGGAGUUAUGGUGCAGCGCUUUCUGGCUGUGGAUAUUUACCAGAUGAGCUUGGUGGAGCCAGACAUUGCAAGAUUGGGCUGGGGAGUGGUGAAAUUUGCAGGCCUUCUGCAGGAUAUGCAGGUCACUGGAGUUGAAGACGACAGCAGAGCACUGAACAUAAUUAUUCACAAGCCCGCCUCAAGCCCCCACUCCAAGCCCUUCCCCAUCCUCCAAGCCACGUUUAUUUUUUCGGACCACAUCCGCUGUAUCAUUGCCAAGCAGCGCCUGGCCAAAGGCCGCAUCCAAGCUCGACGCAUGAAGAUGCAGCGGAUAGCAGCUCUCCUGGACCUCCCAAUCCAGCCUUCGACGGAAGUUAUGGGGUUCGGACACAGCUCCGCCACCACCUCUCAGCACCUCCCGUUCCGCUUCUACGAUCAGUCACGCCGGGGCAGCAGUGAUCCGACCGUUCAGCGUUCCGUUUUCGCAUCGGUCGACAAGGUGCCAGGAUUUGCAGUGGCCCAGUGCAUCAAUCAGCACAACCCAUCCCCGCUGUCGUCACCAUCUCCUCCUUCCAGUGGCAGUUCCAGCGGCAGUUCAAGUACAGGGCGCUGUGACUCCAUUUCAGCCAGCACCACCACGACUCCUUCGGCAGCCCAAAGCCCAUCAGAUGACCCUGUGGCUCCUGAACAAUGUCAGCUGACCCUCCCAGACCAGGUGGCGAUUGUGAACGAAGCUCCUUCCACCGCCUCCAAGUCCAGCAAGAACCCUGGCAAGAGCCAAGAAGCAGAGCCGGUGAACCUGUCGCCCAGCCUGAUUCCUGCCCAACAGCCAACGCUCUCUCUCAUCUCUGACGACAGGACAGAUGCUUUGAGCGUGGAGUCCCUGACCCUGGUUCCUCCAGUGGACCCCCACAGCUUCCACGCUUUCAGCCGCACCUCUCAGGUUUCCCCCCAGACCCAAGGCGAAAGAGGGACGGAGGUUGCGGGAGCCACUCCCAGUGAGCGUGUGGAGCCGGAUGACGAAUAGUGAUGUAGAUGGCGUGGUCGAUUUUUCUCCGUUUCUACACGGACCAGAUCGAAGCCAGCCGGUGGCCACGGGAGGGGCACCAGCGGGGAGCGACUCCAUUUUGAAGUGAGAAGCAGCGGUCCCCUUACCCCUGGAAAUUUCCGGCCUACGUCUGAAAUGACACCUCAUCCUCUAUUCGAAUUCCUAUUUCCCAUCUUGCACUUAAGCAACGGGCUUGCUGGAGCGGAAACUGACGAAGGCCCGAAUUCUCCAAGCUACCACGAUCCCGCCCACGAGAUCCUCGGUGCCCGCUUAGGAUUAGGCUUCCAUCAUGUAUCUACUGCGAAGUGGUGAUAUCUCAGAGAGCGUGGGUGUUUUGGUAUCAGGAUUCUUCUCAUUUGAAAUCAGAUGCCUUGCAGUUGUCCGGGAGGGGGCAAAAAUAAGCUGUUGUAGGGGUGGAGUUGAGUAGAGGCAUCCUUUCGAUUCUUGUAACUUUCUGUUCCCUGGGUGACCUGGCAGAUUUCUAUCAGAACUGUGGGGAGGGGGGCUGAGAGGAGGGGGCGAGGUUACUUUCAGAAGUUCAUACAUAAAAAGCAAACUUGGAGAAUGUCUCGUCGAGGUAUUAAUUUCAACAUGGGUAUUCAAACAAAAGGCAUCUUUAAAAAUCCCUAGCAGUUUAAAGUUUGGUGUAAUAAAGUCACAGUCACUCUCAACCCCAUCACCAAAUUCUUGGGAAUCUCUUGAAGUUCAGCUAGUUUUUCAUAAGAGUCGCCAAUGGAAAAUAUUUGGUAUUUUAAAAAUUUACAUUUUGUCUUUUCUUACAUGACUAUUCAUUGGACAUCAAUUAUAACAUGACCGAUGACUGAUGAAUGAUGAAGAGGUUUCUUGAAAGGCCUAAAUUAUUUUCCCAAACCAAAUCACAGGAUUUGAAUGCCUGUUAAUCCGGAGGGCUCAGACACUUCUUGGAUACAGUGGAGAAGCCUCACUCUACUCUGGGAGGUCAUCUUUCAUGACAAGCUGAAAAUUGCAGAGAAAAUUUCCACUCAGUAAAAUCUACCUUUUUCAUGGGAGACCAAAUCUAAACAAUUUUUUUUUUAGGGUCUUCUUAAAUCUGUUGCCUCUAUUUGCUGGUGCAGUUUUAGUACUGGGGCAAGUAAUUCAAAGUUCAGAGCAUUCACUAUACCUGAAUGUAAAUGAAUGGGAAAUUGUUCCUCUGAAUUUGCCUCCACAAAUUUUUUGUGUUGUGUUCAUUUUCAGUGGACCUUUUCAGUGCUUCAGAUCAGAAUUGUGGAAUAGAAUCACCAUAAAAGAGAACCUUACAUAAACCCAAUUAAUUUAAUUGAAUUUUAAAUCAAAUUCAAAUUGGAUAAGAAGUGGAAAAGUCAACACAGGCCCAAGAUCACUCCGCAGAGAUAGAUGACCUAUUUAGUUAUCGCCAUUUGCCUUGCAGCAUGGAUCUUGUGAAGGAAGGCAACAGCCAAGCUAGAAAAGAUGCUGUUUGGCAGUAGGGUGAGGGGGCUUCAGCAGGGCAUGACAGUUAGUAAAAAAAAUUUUGACAGGAAGAAAACAGUGGAUCCACCAGCUUAACAGCCUUCUUCUGGAUGUUUACUUGUCUUUUCUGAACAUGAGUUGAAAAAAAAAUAAUGCCUGUCUGUGUCCGCGCACCUUAGAAAUGUAAAGUCAAUAAAAGUGUUGUCCCUACUCCAGUCAGUUUAUAGUGUUGUUUAUCCUUUUGAAAAUCUUUAUCCCUUUUAAUGUUUUAAUGUUUUCUAGGAACUCAAAGGACAGGAGUAGGGGUGCUUCCCAGCCCAUUCUCAUUAAAAAGAAGGCCUUUCCUAGCAUGAAAAAGAGCAAAACAAGUCAAACCAAAAGUCCCCCAUCACCAGGAUUUUCUGAUGCAGUGUGGCUUCAGAGCUUUAUCUGCCCAGCCUGGAAGAACCAGGGGCUGUGUUAUGCAGAUGAGGCCAAGGCCUCCCUCAGUUCAAUUCUGUAUUUUCCCUCCAGGCGAGUGGACUGGGGAAAGGACCUCCUCAUAAUGGCAUUAUUCUGAGGUGGCUCUUUGUUAGCACUCAUUGUAGUCCUAGCCAGUGGCCUGGAAAUCCCUUCCUUCAGAGGGAGAUCGAUCCAAGAAGAUCGUGGCUGAUUGGAUGAGCUGCUUUUGGUUGGGCCCUUUUCUCCCUGAGACCUUCUUUACCGUGAAUCCCAUCAAAAGCGGCUCCGGCCAUUUACAUUCUUCCAAAGCCUUGCUUUCUUCUUCCCCCUGCCCCUGCUUCAGGGGAUUUUCAGUAAACUGAAAGGAUGGUGAAAAGGUUUUUUCUGUGAGCUACAGUAAUCCUCUGUCUUGAACUGUACUUGGCUCUUGAAGCAGUUUCCAUAACAGAAAUCUCAUCACUGUGCCCAGGUAAUGUGCCAAUACUGGAAUCUGAGUUGUUGUUUGUGUGUAGUGAGGACUGCACACACAACUUUCCGUUGUGAAACUUGUAGGUACAAUUUCAUUUUAGAUUAAAAUACUGGCUCUUGAUGUUGUUAUAUUGAAUUUUAUUCGGCUCCAUAAACAACCGCAUUAAACUGGUCACUAAACAUUGUCCCACCUUCUUAUGUCAAGAAGUUUGAAGAAUAUCUCAGUGCCUAUGAGGCCUGUGGAAGAUUUUGUAUCGGUUGGUUUGUUUUAACCUGGGAAGAAGUUGUUGACUUCACAUAUGAGAUAGGUUGAAGUCUUGUCUGUCAGUGAGGAAGAGGGAAAGGCAAGGGUUUUUAUCCAUCUCUGAACCCCUGAGUGGGAACUGUGGGUAAGGCAGAGGGGCAGUGAGAUGUUGGCCAUGGAAACAAAGCCACUUUGUUAGAAGAGUUAAGGGUUGGGAGGAUUUUUUUGUUUUCCUUUUUUAAAAAAUUGAUGCUAGAUAUAGUUGUUGCAAAUAAAGUGAGUUCACACCUGCUGAAUAUUCAAGUCUUUCCAUGAGCAGAAAGGUAUGAUUGGAAUGAAAAGGAAGGGCAGAUAUUAUAAUAGUUAACUCUGAAGCACACUUCCCCAACUUAGAACUUCUGAGUUAAAUAUAGAACAAACAACAAACCUUUCCAUGUUCUGCCAAGAAGGGUUUUUGUCCUAACAGUACCAGACUUCCUUGGUCCACUGCAUCCUGAAAUCCUCAUUUUGAACAUUCGCUGUUGGCUUCAUUCGUGGCCUAGGGAGUGGGCUGAUAAUCUCCACUCAAGAGAUUCAGGCCAUUUUGGUGUUAAUUUAUGCAAAUGAAUCGGCUCUCUGUGUCCUCCCUCACUGCUGUGCUGUUUAUUUCUGUCGGGUAGUUUGGAUUUAGUUACAGGGUGUAGAUGUGUUGCAGAGUCCUUGCCGGCGGGUUAGUGUCUAAAAGGUUUGAGGUUUAACUGAAAGCAAGCACACCUGACUUCUUAGUAUUAGUGUGACAUCAGAUGUAAUUAAUUCAAUUUAAAUGGUUUUCCGAAGAAAGUCAUGUGGUGGGAGCUGUGGGUUACUGGUUUUCGUGGUUCUGUGGGGCUGGAGGCAGAGCUGCAGAAAGUGCAAGUGUGUAGUGUAUCUUCGAGGCCAGACGUGUGCGUUUCCCUGUACGUUCUGCUAUCACAAUUGAUCACGCAGGCAUGUGGUCAUUGAGAGCUUCAGUCUCAAUAUGAGUUUACCAAAUAAAGGCCCAUCCAGACAGUGUAAGCUGAAAAGAACCAAAUUACAGUCUUUCCCUGCUGAGCAGCUCAUCAUUCAGGUUCGUUCCGGUGAGCUCCUCCCUUCAUUUGAAGGCAUGGUGGUGAUUUACCGUGUGUGUCCGGUUUUAUUUGGAGUUCUCUGCCGUGGGAAAGGAGCCCCAGUUUGUGAGCCAGUCAGGCUGUGCCCAUUCAACAGGCGACCAGGGAUGAAGGAUACCGGAAGUCGGGGGAGAUGUGGGUGGCGUGUAAGUCCAAAGGUGCAAUGUUAAAAGGGGGAUUGACUUUCUGAUCUUUUCUAGAUGCAAUAAAUGCAAAAGCUUAAGUGUAAGUCGUUAGGUAUUUGGAGUAAAUGUAAUGAUACAUGUUGUUCCUUUAACCUGAUAUGUAAAUAAAAUUUGUCUUGGGGAGAAGCAAAGUUGGGAAAUCUUAGUAGCCGUUUCUGAAAAUGUGUACAGUCCUAGGGAAGUACCUGCAUUUGCUGGCAUGAGUCAUGCUUCAUGUGUAUUGAACUCAAGGGAAAUGAAAACUAGAACUUCUUUGUAAAAUGAACUUGGCAAUAAAAAUGGUGUUAUAGAGAA